AUGCAGUCCUCUCAAGGAUCAUCGUCAGGAUCAGGGUUCAAUAGCGGUCCUUCUCUUCGUCCGCAAUCUCAAAAUGGACAAUACUAUUCUCUUCCCACGUCUGUCUUCCCUAUCACCGGCUCGAGACCAGCUGGUGUCGAUCUCCAACCCAACAACAACCCGCAACCCCCAAUCAUCGCUCAUGGCCUAACCCAAGCUGAGAUAGAUAGACACCAACGUCCAGCGCAUGUGACAGGUAAGGAAGCUGAGGGGGAAGAUUAUAGAGCUGGGUUCUUCCCCAUUCCUGGUAACAGAUGGUCCUGGAGUACCGCAGGCAAUGGGAAUCAAGAUCAACCAAUUCUGGCGGGCAAUAGUGUUAAUCAGAGUCAAGCGGAAUCUUCUUCUAUGAAUUAUGAUGGCAACAUGCAAGGUGAACAAUCGAAACCCUCGACCUCAUUAGGAGGAGGAGGAGGGAAUGUGGAUCCAAUAUCAGCUUUCUUAUCUGAGAUGCCAACUAGAGCGGAAGACCCUACAAGACAUGUCCUGUGGACGGAAUUGAUAAGGCUCAAAACUAGAACAUUGGAAUUGCAAAUCGCAGAAGCUAAGAAGAAAGAAAAGGAAGCUGAGUUGGAAAUUAUGAGGCUGAAAGCUGGUGCUGCGGCUAAAGAUAGUGGUGCUGGGUCAGACAACGCCCGUCCGAAUGAUUAUGAAAAUCAAGAUAUGUUAGCUGGAUCUUCCAUGAAUAGUCAUAACAAUGAGGUCGAUCACUAUCCGGUCAACCCGCAGUCCACCCCAUCCAACAUACAGCAACAACACCAGCAGUCCCACUCGUCGAAUCCCUUCGUCCCUCACAGCCAAACUCAAAUUCAAGCCCAAUCUCAUCCAGUUAUGUCCCCUUUCGACCUGGAAGCGAUGCUUUCCAAUGAAAAUCUUGAUAACUUCUUAUCAUGGCUACCUGAUUUGGGUAAUCAUUCUUUACCUGAUAUAUCAUCUCUGGCACCUAACACAGACUAUUCAACCAACAAUCAUAACAAUGGUAACUUGCCAUUCUCCUUGGAACAUCCAACUGACCUUUUACCACAAAGUACGACAUUUCCAUCAAUGAACAUACCUAUCACCGAACCGAACACUCUGCCUCAGCUUCAAUCUUCCCCUCGACGGCGACGCAGUGCAUCUGCAGAGGAAACGUCUCCUGCUCAAUUACAACCGCCAAACAAAAAGAGUCGGCGUGGUACGGAGAAGAAGAUCGUCAGUGAACAUACCUCAAGUUGUAUGGGAUGUAAGAAGAAUAUAGCAAGGAUAAUGAUUCGUUCGCCUAAAUCUACUAUGCCCGAACCGAUUAUCGUCCAAUUGCAUUGUACGGGAUGCAAGCCGAUCGAUCAACCCUCCAGUACGAAUAGCGGUAUAGGUACGGUGGAGACCCGAAAGAGAAUUAGGGUACAGAUGGAGAUUGACGAUGAAGAGAUGAAAGUGAAGGACAGAAAACAAUGGUGUGAUGUAUGUCAGAGGAUCAUAGCCUCCGGGCAGAUCCUGGGAGGAGACGAAAAUGAAUCGGUCAGUAGUAUGACGGAAAUUGUCUGUGGGGAAUGUGAUUCGAAAUAUCAGAGAUGUACUGAUUGCGGAGGAGGUGGUGGACCUAGGAUAGGUAUAGGAAAAUGGAGGAUGAAGCAGGUUUUCCAUCCUGGUAGAAAGACUUGUAGCUUGAAUCAUACAAGACUCGGUGAUCGUAUUCGUGAGAUGGGUGUUCACGUCACCCCGUCUGAUUUCACACCUGAACAGAUCAAGGAGGUCUUGACGCGUUGUAAGGCAUUAUGGAAUGAGAAGACUCUAGCUCGGUUGGCUGUUCCUGAGAUGUUAGAGGUUGACUUGCCACCUGGAUUGAGUAAUCCACUGAGGGACUUUGCCGACGUCGAUGAUAUCAUCACUAGGAAUUGGCCAAGUAGAGAAGCGAUGAUUAGAGCGGAUGAUCUGGAUCCGAACAAGUUCAAAAGAAUGAUAUCUCUUAUUUGGUCGCACUCGAAACCCCGUCGAAGCGUUCGUACCGUCGAUCUGGAAGAGGAAUGGUCCAAGGAUGUGGAAAAUGAUGAUGAUCUGAGUACGGUGCUAGCUCAUGUGAAGAGAACGAACGUGGUUAUUCCCCCUGGUUCAGAAUUGAUCGGAAUGUGGGGAGGAGAAUGGAAUCUUCAGAACGGCUCAUUGCUCAUAUCAACGUUUAUACCGUUCGAAGGAGCAGAUGGAGAAGAUUCGACCGCUUUGUCAGUCGGAGAGAUGAUAACGAAAGUGCAGUCGCUACAACAAGAAAUCAAUGCUGAACGCACAGAAAAAGCUAUGAGGGACGCCAAACAACCUGAAUUGUUGCCGCCUUGUGAACAUUUAUGGACUGUUUCGGGGGGUUACAUCCCGUUAGUGAGAGAAAGGUUCGCCGAUAUCCUCAUAAGGAAACGAUCGUUCGUACAUGUUGAAGAGUAUUUGACUAGACAUCCGGAAUUCAUCGAAUCUAUACGUGCUAGACCAGUCGGUCUACACCCAGAUAUACAUCGUCCCUUACCCCUCACACAAAGCGCAUCCGAUGACGAACAGAGGGAGAAACAGGCUAAACCUUUGAUAUUGGUCAGAUGGCUAGGUAAAGAGUUUGACGCAGCGAAGAUGCUCGAGAUCAAACAGAUGGAAUUCGGAGGAGGGGCAAAGAAGAAGAAGAGGAAGCUGUAA